AUGAUUAUCGGUGGCCUGGAAAUGAAUGAUUAUGAUAUUAUAUCGUUGCAUAUUCCUUACAGUCCUGGAUGGGAUAUUCGCAUUAAUGAGAUUUGGUUCUUUCAGGAUCUCGCCCCAUUUAAUCCCAAGAACAAAGAUCGCCGACUCCACCGUCAUCCGGCCUUUUUUGGUAUGGCGGAGGAAUGUCUUGGAGACUGUUACGAGUUCUGCCCCGAUCCAGUUGACGAGGACGAGCUGAAGCUUCAAAAGGAAGAAGAUGAGCAAUAUGAUCCAACAACUGAACGUCCUUCCUCUGAGGAUGACUGGAGCUCAGAUGAUAAUGGGGUGGUGUCUAUGAAUGAAGACGCUGAAGAAGAUAUUGACGAAAAUACAGAUGAAGAAGUGAGCGGAGAUGAAAGCGACAGCGACGAUGCCUCCAAGAAAGGCAACAAUGAGCCACUGCAGACUCCCAAUCCCGGUAAAUUUCUCGAUGAAAAGGAAGACAAACCGGACGUCUUUGAUAUCAAUGCUGCCGAUUGGGACUUUGCAUUCACUCCUCUCGACUACGCUAUUCUUUUCGCCUCUAUGCCGGUCAUUGAUGUGUUGCUCGAUGAACCGGAUAUCGACCUCUCUAUUGGUACCAAAGCCAAGUACCACGGCGCUCCUACUAUUCACCCACUCACUCUCACUAUGUAUCACGAGGACGAAAACGAAGCGGUAAUGGGCGAAGUAUACCACUCAAGAGUCAACCUAAUAUCAGAGCUACGGAAGUAG